UCCGUUACUUUAAGUAUGCCAGGCAAGCAAUUCAGAGCUUUACACACUUCUAAUACACACAAACUUGAAACUAAAACAAAAAAACUCAAAAAUAUCAAAAUAAAAAAAAAAAUAACUUUGCUGUAUUAUCUAGAACCUUAACGAUGAGUUCCAACGCCUCAACAGAUUCCGCUGCCAAUUCCCAAUGCCUAUCGUUUAAAAGGAGUCCAACAAUUAGCACAGAUACUCCUCUUUCGGACCAUCGUGAUUACGGCCUAAUGCGUACAGUGAGGUCAAUGACACCAUAUCCAUGGGAGCACUUAACCGUAAGCCCAAAUAUAGUGCGACAGCACUUAGUUCAUGAGCGAAGUAGCAUAUCGAUUUUGAAACAUUACGUUGAGCCGGAGGAGCCACCAUUGUAUGCCACUAAGAGUCCAGACGCAAGCCCCACAUCGUCUAUGAAAAGCCUGAAUGAACGCACCAUAAUUUUUGGAUCUGUGGUAUCUAAUACUCCUGGAGUUCCACCUACACCAUGCGACAGGCAACACAUAAAAAUUGGCAAAAAGGUUGUCAUCAUCUGUCCCUGGGCAGGCAUCCUUAGAUCUGCCAGCUCACAACAUAGCAUUGGCAGUCAUAAAGAAAGCUUCGCGGAACGCAGGCGGUCAUUUAACAUGGCCGAAUUCACAAUAGCCAAGAAUGGCAAGAAAAUGUGCGAUAUUUUGAUGACCAACACAAAUCCGUUGCAUAUUAACAAUUCCGAUUAUCAUAUCACUACAAUGUACAAUGAAGAAGUUGAGAAAUUAAUUAAAUCUUCAGGAUUCAAGAAAGCUUUCUAUAGGAGUGCGAUUGACAGGUUCCAGCCAGACAUAGCAUAUCCAUCACAAGCAACUUCCCUGUCGUCCAGCACAAAACUAAAAUCUAUAUUAAUUGAAGAGGGAACGCCACAAGAGCUAAGGUCGGUCAGUCAGAGAAAUAUUUCAUUCGUUUCAUAGUGAAGGCGCCUUCAGAUUCACAGCAGGCGCCUCCGCUGUGUAGCGACUGUAAUGCAUCUUUUCCAUGUAAGCGCUCAAUAAAUGUGGC